AUGUAUGCGGAGGGCACGACUGAAUCGCACCUUUCCCUUCUCAAUCUUGGCGCCGCAACAGUAGAUACUAAGGUCUACCCAACGGAACCUGGCUGGCAUUCACCUGAACACCUUCGCGCGAAAUUCAGCGAAUCUCUCGAAAAACUGAAUCGUAAGAAGGUGCGGGUGUUUUAUCUUCACGCACCCGAUCGCAGUGUGCCAUUUGAAGAGACCCUUGGAGAAGUCGACAAAAUGCAUAAGGAAGGCCUUUUCGAGAUAUUCGGCUUGUCUAACUAUGCUUCAUGGGAGGUAGCUGAAAUAGUUGGUAUAUGCAAGACUAAGGGAUACGUCCAACCCAAGAUCUACCAGGCCAUGUAUAACGCAGUCACUCGUGCAAUUGAGCCGGAACUGGCACCCUGUCUACGCAAAUUUGGAAUACGUUUGGUUGUAUAUAAUCCUCUUGCUGGGGGAUUUUUUGCUGGAAAACUAUCAAGAGUAGACGAUGUUCCACAGGAAGGGCGGUUUAAGACAAGCGACGCGAUGGGUAAAAUGUACCGUGCUCGCUACGUGAGGGAAAAUUACUUCACUGCUCUUGAGAGUCUGAAGACUGUAGCGACUGCUCAUAACCUACGCCUCACCGAGAUCGCCCUCAGGUGGUGCCAACAUCACUCUGUAUUGAAACCAGAAGAUGGAGUAAUCUUGGGCGCAAGCAGUGCAGCUCAACUCGAGCAAAAUUGCACCGAUAGUGCAAAGGGCGCCCUUCCGGACGAAGUACUGAAGGCAUUAGAUGAUGCUUGGGAGUUAGUUGGGUCUCAGUGCCCGCCAUACUGGCGCUAG